UCCGCCCACUCGCUUUGUUUCUCGCUGUAGGACGUGACUGUAUCUGCGCGAGCGUUCGCUUUAAAUCAUGGCUAUUGUGUAAAUGGGGAAAAACUAGCGUCUCCGCGUAUGACUGAUCCGUGCCGUACGAUCUCGGGUAAGGUCGAGGGCUGCCUCUAAUUUGAAUUAACCCAGGAUUUUAAGGUUUUAUUCGCCGCUGGCUGGGCUGGCCGUAUAUGAAAAUGGACCAGGCGGCGAGCCGCUACCAAGUGUUGCACAAUGAGGACGAAUCCUCCGAAGGGGCCGCCGGCCCGGAGCCGUCCACAUCCUCCCAGGCCUGUGCCGCCGUUGCAGGCAUCAGCAACCCUGCGGUGGAAACGGAAGCUCCGCCUCCUCCUUACACCAGCGUGGCGCUCGGAGCAACAGCUGCACCAGAGAGCACAUUUCCGGGGGACUUUCCCGUUCCUCCACCAUACAGCGUCGCCACAUCUCUGCCCACUUACGAUGAGGCAGAGAAGGCCAAAGCGGCAGCCAUGGCCGCCUCGGCGGUGGAGGUCAUUCCACGAGAUGAUGAUUUUCCGGUUCGGGAUGACUUCAGCGAUGCUGAUCAGCUGAGGGUGGGGAACGAUGGAAUCUUCAUGCUGGCCUUUUUCAUGGCGUUUCUGUUCAACUGGAUCGGGUUUUGCUUGUCUUUCUGUUUGACCAACACCAUUGCUGGCCGAUACGGUGCCAUCUGUGGCUUUGGCCUCUCUCUCAUCAAAUGGAUCCUCAUCGUUAGGUUUUCAGAUUACUUCACUGGAUACUUCAACGGGCAGUACUGGCUCUGGUGGAUUUUCCUUGUUCUCGGGCUCCUGCUGUUCUUCAGAGGGUUCGUGAACUACCUGAAAGUGCGUAACAUGUCAGAAAACAUGGUGUCUUCGCUCCGAACCCGCUUCUUCCUCCUGUACUAGAGGUCGCCUCACCAAAACAUUCCUUCCUAAUGUGAAAUUCCUUGAUGAUUUGCAACCCGUCAAAUGAACUGGACUGGAUCCCACCGAGGGGAAGGGGAAGAAGAGAGAGAGAAGAAAAAAAAAUCAAACGAGAAUCUCUGCCAAACGUUCUCAGCUCAACCGGGUAGAAGCGGAAGGUUUUUCCGCGCUCUGGACGAGUGCAAAUCGGCUCUUAAUAUCCCCGUUUUCACAUCGUCCCGGUUGGCCCGAGCCCAUAAACUGAUUGCUAGAUUUGAAAAAAACAACAGGAAAAAGUCCCUUUGCUGUUAAUCUUUUCACACGCUGCAUGCGGAGCGAUGGACCUGUGUACUUGGGUCAGGAAAAAAAAACCGCAGAAGGUCUCUAGAAAUAUGCAGCCAAGACAUCCUAUGCAAUGUCUUUCACCAAACCGGGUUAGCGGUCUUAGACGGAUGAAACUAGACUAGUUCAAUUCUCUUUGCUUCGUUGCAUCCAAGGCCUUGGCAAAUUUGAUUGCAUUGCAGUAUUAAUACACCAAGUUUAGAUAGAAUUUGAUGCUAACUUUAGCUAACGGCGACGUAAAAGUACAGCCGCACAGUUUCUCUUCUUCUUAAGUUGUGUCUCGCUUAACUUUAUAGUAAAUGAUUAAGAAACUUCAUCGAUGUGUUUCAAACUGGAAACGGAAUUUGUACUUAUCCUGAAAUAUAUAUUUGCCUUUUGCACCUUCAUUUUUUUUCCUGUUUUUUAUGGUUAUUGGUCGUUUUAAGUUGCGACUUCGCUCAAGCUGUGACCUGCCUAGAUGACUUUAGUUACUUGAAUGCCUGAAUGCAACUGUCAUUCGUUUCUAUUAAUCACGAGCCUCUUUAGCAAUAUCGGAUAUUAAAAUAAAUGCAUGGUUAACUCGGUUGCAGCAGUUUAAACGACUAAUCCAGUAAACAAAAAAAACCUAAGGGAAAAAAAAAAGGCAACUUACAUUUAUUAAAUGUAUGUAAAACAACCAACCAACUUUUGUUGGAAUAAUGAUUUUGGAUUUUCUCUGAUUGGCAGAGAUGAUUGUGUGCUAUGUUUAUUCUCUUGUCUUGCAUAAUGCCAAUAAAAUUUGAGCUCCCAGA